AUGUCUAAAUUCGUCGAGUUUUCGUUACGGCAUUCUCUUAAACAUCAAAUAUAUCAAAUACAUCAAAUUCUCAUAUCUCGAUAUUUAUCAUUUCGAAUAUCCAUAAAUUAUCUUCAUAAUUCAUCACCUUCUUAUCUAUUUCCUAGACGUGAUUAUAAUCAAUUUCCUUCAUUAAGGCGAGAUAACAAUUAUCGUUCAUCAGAUUUACCAAAUAAGUCAUCGUCAACGUCAUCAAAUAGGUCACCUUCAUAUUCAAGAGAGGAGAAUAAUGUUCAACAACAUAAAUAUUCUAGAGAAGAAAUAGAACGCAUUAUUCGUCCUCGUGAGGGUGAAGCAGAAAGAAAUUAUUUUAGUAAAACAAAGUUGAAAUCAAAAGAAGCUAUAAGAUCACCUAUUCGAAAACCUUUCGCUUCAGAUAGUUAUAGGCAAGCAUCAUUUCAUGAUAGAGAUCGAGGUGAAAGAUUUGAAUCAAGAGAUAAUAUUGAUAGGAUGGCAUUACGCGAAAAAUAUAGUAAUAAUAUGAAUAGUAUGAUGAGAAGUAGUAAAUUGAUUGAUAGAGGUUAUAGAGAUUCAAGAAUGAAUUCAUCUCGUUUCAGAACUGAAUAUAAACGUGACGAUCAAUACAAAAGUACAAUUAAUAAAUGCAAGACACCUGAUAAAAUUCCAAAGGCAUCACCAUUCCCAGUAGAUAGAAUUGACAGAAUGAAUAGAAUUGCACAAAUUUUUUCAGGUGGUGAUAAAAAACCUAAAAAACAACCAAUAUUUGUUAAUCCAGAUUAUUUUAAUAAUAAUGCUAGUAUUAUAGUAGAGAGUGAUGCCCCUAAAUUAAGUC